AUGUCUGCUUUACAUGCAAGUGGCACUUGGGAGCUUGUUCGUCUUCCUUCAGGGGAGUCUAGUGGUCUUGUAUGCCGAUUGCGCAAGUCACUAUAUGGUUUGAAACAGUCUCCUCGAGCAUGGUUUGGUAAGUUCAGCACAGUUAUUCAGGAGUUCGAUGACUCGAAGAUGCGGAAGUAUGUCUUAGACAUUCUUGAGGAGAUUGGAAUGAUGGGCUACAAACCUGUUGACACUCCUAUGGAUCGGAAUGCUAAGCUUCUGCCUAGACAGGGGGAGCCUCUUAGAGAUCCUACGAGAUAUAGGAGGUUGGUUGGCAAAUUGAAUUACCUCACAGUGACUAGACCUGACAUUUCUUUUCCGGCGAGUGUUUCAGCUCCAGGCAAAGGGUUACUAUUCGAGGAUCGAGGCCACGAACAGAUUGUUGGGUACACAGAUGCUGAUCGGGCAGGAUCACCUUCUGCUAGACGUUCUACGUCUGGAUAUUAUGUUCUAGUAGGAGGUAAUUUGGUCUCUUGGAAGAGCAAGAAACAGAAUGUAGUUGCUUGA